UUGAGAGGGAAAGAGCCAUGUGGGAGCAGAGGUUGAGGAAGUUAGAAUCAAAGGUUGGGGUGGAAGAGGUGCUGGUUGAAUCACCGAAACCAGUGACAGCAGUAAAUGAACUUGGUUUUGCAAUUGGCAGCUGUUCCCGAUAAAUGGAGCAGGCUUUGAAGGUUUCUGAAACUAAGGCCACUAAAGUUGUGAAGAAGAAGUUGGAUUUGGCUAGAGAGGCAGAAAAGCUAUCUAAAGACAAUGUUAUUAUUGACAGCAAUGCGAGCAAGAAACUGACAUCAAUUAUUCAGGAGAAGGUUAGGACUGUAAGGCUUUUCAUGAAGGAUUGUCAAUUUUGGGAAGAAAUUUCGGUACAGUCAACAAAUGUCAAGUCAGAGUUUAAACUCGCAACAGGUUCUGUGGACAACAUAGUUGCUUUUGGAACAAUUGUUAAAGUUGAUGUCGAGGCCACACAGCAGACUAUCCAUGGUGUAUCAUUAGGAGAGGAAAAUGUACGCGUUUCAGUCACUAAAGUGGUUGUUGCUAAUGCUUUGCUGCCAUUUCCUAUCAAAGAUGAGAUUGUGAGAGUUGCCGAUGUGAUUGGUACAUGUGUUGCUUGGCCUAGAAGCUUGGUUAUACCCCCUGAAGUUGUUGAGAAGGUAAUAUCUUUUGCUCAUUAUUUACGAUAA